AUGUUGUGUUUACAGAGUGGAGGUCAGAAAGUGGAUCUGAGUACCAGCAUCCGUGCCAAGAGGAACUCCAGGAUUAUUGAAGAGUGUAUGCUGGUGGGUCUCGAGGAAGGUACCUACUUCUACAAGAGUCGAGGUACAGGUGAUGUGUGUGGAGUUUACUUACUGAGUCAGCCGGAUCAAGCAGUCCAGGUCACCUUCGACUACCUUGAUGUUGACUGUGAGGCUGAUGGCCUUGUUAGUUUCGUGGACGGCUGGGAGCUGGGAGGAGAGCUCUUUCCAAGCGAGGUGGACGCCCCGUUGGAGGGGCGGGUCCACGAGUUUUGCGGGCGUCUCAAAACUAAAACAUUUACUAGUAGUGGGAACGCUGCACUCAUCCAGUACCGAGUACCAAGCAGGGGAGACGGCUUCAGGAUCACAGUCAGAUACGUCAGGAACCCCGCACCAUGUAACAUCUUGGUGGAUGACGUGAAGGGUGUGUACACACUGAGGAACCACGGACGCCGUACUAACUGUUCCAUAACUACCAUCUUCCCGGCUAGUGUUUCCAUCAUACAGCUGGCUGUGGGGGUCAACGGUGGCGCCGUGCCAAACAGGGCCAUCGAGACUGGAGUCCUGAGCAGGUGUGAGAAGCGGGGCUCCCUGGACUAUGUGCAGCUGGGUGGUGGUCAGGGACUUGACGUGACCAAGCUGGAGGUGGAGGACUCUGUGUGUGGCUUGGACUCCAACCCUCGUGAGUAUACACCUUCCUUUCUGACACAGUAGUGAGUACACACCUCC